AGGCAGCGGCAACUGCAGCAGCAGCAGCAGCAACAACCAAAAUGAACACUCGACGCAGCACAGGAAGCAUAAACAACAACAGCAACAACAACAACAACAAAAACAACAGCAGCAGCAGCAAAAGGAGCUUGAACAACAGUUUGUAUGGAGCAGCGCUGACCACAAAAACGAUAACGCCGGAGUUGCACGCGAUCAAUGCGAAGAUCUGUCGAUUGGUGGAACUGCAUCCCUGCAUGUACGAUCGCUCGUGUCCGACGUACAUGCGAAAGUCGUAUGUGGAACAGGCCUGGGAGGAUAUAUCAAAGAAAAUGAACGAUACCGUUGACAACUGCAAGGAGCGCUUCAGGAAUAUUCGCACGAGUUUUGCACGGUCCAUCAACGUGCAACGUGGCUCGAAUCGCAUCAAGCCGUAUUAUCUCAGCGAGGAGCUAGAGUUCUUAAAGAGGCACAUUACGCCCGGCGUGCCGGUGCCUGUCAAGGGCAGACGUUCACGAGACGGCAAUCGGCGGGGCGACGAUAACGACGAUUAUGACGACAACGAGGAUGAGCAUCAUGCGGGAGCGCUGCUGCAUAUAAAGCACUCAAUGAGUAGCGACGGCAGCACCGACGAUAGCUCUGAGUGGGUGGCGGACGAGCAUGCGCAGAGCUUGGCCAGCCAGACGCUGGAUAAACCCGAGUCUGAGUUGCACUCACAUAGCGAUGAUGCCGACCAGAAGCCGACCAAUUUGCAGGUGCAGCCGAUUGUUACACCGCAAACAUGCCCCUUUCCGCCCAAGAAGCGGCGUCGCUUGCCCGCAGACCUGAUGGCCAAAUCGAAUGAAGUAAUUGCAAAUAGCGCAGAGGCGGAAGAUUCACCCGUGGAUAACAAGCCGGCAGUGAUGGACUUUGAUGACGCCUUCCUGCAGGGCAUUCGACCCGAAAUGAAUCUCAUGAACUUCCACCAGAAGCUGUACUUUAAGCGACGCGUCUACGACUUGCUUGGCGAUAUAUUUGAGAGUGCCGAGAUUGCCAACGGUCAAGCACGCUCCAACGGGCAGUCUGAAGCUGCGCCUACAUCGCCAACAUCUCUGCAGCAUCUGGGCCUCUUUGCGCGCUCGGGGACACUGCAGCUGCCAAAGCUGGCUCCCAAACCAACCUCCAAAGAGCUAUAGGUAGAAUUAAUUAUGAUACUGUGCCCUCCUCCCCCCUAAACAGCAGUGCCCAAAGACGGCCGCAGCUGCAAACAGAGCUGUGUAAUCCAUUCGAAUUUACGCUGUACAGUUAUUUCACAUACCCAUUGUUUUGGGUAUACCUAUAGUUGUAAGACGUUACACAUUUUGAGAUGUAAUAUUUACAUUCGAUACUAUGUAUUUACACACAUGAUUGCAUAAUUAUAAGUAAGCAAAGGCCUCACUAAGUUCGCAACAAAUAUACUAAGAGUUCACUUGGU